GGCCAGAAAGCUGCCGCUGCGUGGGACAGUGGUGGUUGUGGUGUUUAGCCUGUGACGUUCCCAGCCGCACGUGCUGCCAGAUGUCCACAGCAUUCCCGGUUCUCUGAGAGGGGGACGCUCGGGGGUGGCCGUACAGAUUCCGGUUUCCGUGUCAGGGCAGCGGGAUGGAGGCGCAGCCGGUACCGGCUCGUUCUAGUCUUCAGCCGUGAGGACGCGCGUGAAGCCCCGCCCCCUCCGCCGGCAGCUCCAGGUAUGCAGACCGCAGACACAAAGGCAGCCGCCGCACGUCGUUUCCGUUUGUGAGGUGACCGCCCGCCGCCGGCUCAGCCUGUGGAGGCUGCAGGCGAACCCGCUCACGGGCACGCGCUCAGAUGGACCGUCGAUAAGUUUGGGGUCGGAUCGGAUGCUGGUUGCGUCACGAGUACGGAGCGCCGAACCGUUAGCCGACACCGGCGAUGCGCGCGGUGAUUUCUCUGCCGUGAUAAGAGUCAGCUGACCGGAGCCCCGCGGCCGCACGCACGCGCCUCCAUGCAGAGCCUUUGCAGGGUGAAGAUGCAGCUGCGCACCGUGCUGGACGUCAAGGUGGUGGACGUGGAGAAGAGGCGCAGUCCGUCCAAGCACUACGUGUAUCUCAUCAAUGUCACCUACUCGGACAACACCUCCCACAUCAUCUACAGAAGAUACAGCAAAUUCUUUGACCUACAGAUGCAGAUACUCGACAAGUUCCCAAUUGAGGGAGGGCAAAAAGACCCGAAGAAGAGGAUCAUCCCAUUUCUCCCAGGCAAAAUCCUGUUCCGGAGGAGUCAUGUGCGAGACGUGGCCAUGAAGCGGCUGCGUUUCAUCGAUGACUACUGCAGGGCGCUGGUGCGACUCCCUCCUCAGAUUUCUCAGAGCGAAGAGGUGCUGCGCUUCUUCGAGACGAAGGCUGAGGACGUCAACCCCCCCGUGGAGGACUAUGGCUCCAAGCGCAAGUCGGUGUGGAUGUACGGCUUUACAGACAGCCCGAGGAAAGAGGCCUCAGGGAUUGACAGCUCGGAGCCCAUGGUGCUGGAGCAGUACGUAGCCGUGGCCAACUACGAGCGGCAGGAGAACUCUGAGAUCAGCCUGAAGGCCGGCGAGACGGUGGACGUGAUCGAGAAGAGCGAAAGCGGUUGGUGGUUCGUCAGCACAGCGGAGGAGCAGGGCUGGGUCCCGGCCACAUACCUCGACUCGCAAAAUGGAACCAGAGACGAUUUGGAUCUGGGAACAUCCAGGACUGUCGAAGUUACUAAGAGACGCAAAGCCCCCCUGAAGAGGCUGGACCGCCGCUGGACCCUCGGCGGUAUAGUUAACCGCCAGCAGAGCAGAGAGGAGAAAUAUGUGACGAUCCAGCCGUACACCAGCCAAGGAAAAGACGAGGUGAGCUUUGAGAAAGGGGUCACCGUGGAGGUCAUCCAAAAGAACCUGGAGGGCUGGUGGUACAUCAGGUAUUUAGGGAAAGAGGGCUGGGCCCCGGCCUCCUACUUGAAGAAGAUUAAAGAGGAUUUCUCCCCACGGAAGAAGACGCUGACGGGCCCCGUGGAGAUCAUCGGAAACAUCAUGGAGAUCAGCAACCUGCUGCAAAAGAAGUCUGUUAGCGAGAAGGACAUCCAGACAGACGGAGAGGGCGGAACCACGCCGGAACGCCACUUCUCCAAGAGCGAGAUCAGCCUGCCGAUGCCCUCCGAAAUCAACGCCGCGACAGGCCGCAGGCUGAGCGCGGGCCGGGACACCAACAGCCCGUGUCUCGGAAUAGCGGCGAGCGCCGCCCUGAAUGAGAAUAAAGCGAGAGGCGAGCCGGGCUCCCCGGCUGUUGCAAGAGUGGCACCGCACAGAGUGGAAAUCGGAUUCGGCGCCGUAGGGUCUCCUAAUCUGCGGCAAAAACCUCCCCCCAGAAGAGACGCCAACUUGGGCUUCCAGUUACCCAAGCCACCAGAGCCCCCUGCUGUGGAAGCAGAGUAUUACACUAUAGCAGAUUUCCAGUCCUCGAUCUCUGAUGGCAUCAGUUUCCGUGGAGGACAAAAGGCUGAUGUAAUAGAGAAGAAUCCUGGAGGCUGGUGGUACGUGCAGAUUGGGGAGAUGGAGGGCUGGGCCCCCUGCUCCUACAUCGACAAGCGCAAAAAGCCCAACCUCAGUCGUAGGUCCAGCACACUGACCCGCCCCAAAGUCCCUCCUCCAGCUCCACCUGUCAAAAAACAAGAAUCUGAGGAGGCUCCGCCUUCUGCUAACUCUUCCUCCAAAACCACAGAGGUGCCUAGCAGGGCUGUGUACGAAGAACCUGAAUAUGAUAUUCCUGCAGUCGGAUGCGAAGGUGAGCCUGAACCGGAUCCCCUGAAGGACGAGCGUUCCCGCGAUGUGAAGAUCAACAGUGUGGUCAGCGACAAGUACAGCAGCUCCCCUCCAUCCUGCAAGGCCUCCCCUCCCGUUUGCAAGGCCUCCCCUCCUUCCUGCAAGGCCUCCCCUCCUUCCUGCAAAGCCUCCCCUCCCGUUUGCAAAGCCUCCCCUCCCGUUUGCAAGGCCUCCCCUCCUUCCUGCAAGGCGUCCCCUCCUGUCUGCAAGGCGUCUCCAGUUUUCGCCCAUCGAAGAACCUCCUUCAGGUCUGUAGAGGAGGUUGCUAAGGAGGAGUGUAUCUAUGAGAAUGAUGGCUUCAGGCCGAGCGGCGGUGUUGAAAGAACCCUGACUAAAGGUUCCAGUGAGCCUAACUCCCCACGGAGCUACCAUUCCUCCACAGUCCCAAGAAAACCCUCCGGAUCUUCGCCUCUACCUGGCAGGCCCAUGAAAACCAUGACACCAGAGAUGAGUCGGAGAAGCCAGACCCUGGGCAGACACAUAGAUAUCAGCUUCAGAUCCCAGGAUAACAGCCCUCACUCGUCAUCAGAUGAAUUGAGCAGAGGCUCCAAGAAAGGCCCUGUCUUCAACCGGGAGGUGGAGCAGAGAAUAGGCCAGAGCCCCUCCACCAGGCCCAAGCCUUCCGUCAGACCUAAGCCCCUUUUGACCAAAUCAGAGCCCCAGAGUCCAGAGAGGAUGGACAUCACCUCUCUGAGACGACAGCUGAGGCCUACGAGUCAGUUUAGACAUAGCCUCAAACCUUCUCGCGGGGAGGACUCUGAAACAGCUUCUGUUAUAUCAUCAGAGGACUCGGUGUGUUCACGCAGUACCUCAGAUCUCUCCUCUGUUUACUCCAAAGGAAGCCGUGGUGACUCCGAUGUGGAGGGCCCCAAUCUCUACCGCUCCGUGGACGCCUAUAAGAAAGUCCAGGACUCUGAGAUCAGUUUUCCAGCUGGGGCUGAGGUCGAGGUUUUGGAGAAACAGGAGAGUGGUUGGUGGUACAUCCGUUGGAGCUCCGAAGAAGGCUGGGCUCCCUCAUACUACCUGGAACCUGUCAGACAAAUGGGCGACGGUGGUGGCUUAGACGGACACGGGAGUGGUGGGAGUAAGUCCAACAGCCUGGAGAAGAAUGAGCAGCAUGUUUUGGCCCUCAAUAACAUUAAUAUUCAGGGCCUGACGCAGCAGCAUCAAGGCUUGAGGAGGAACUCCCCACCGAUUCCUUCCAAGCCUCCCGGCGGCUUCUCGAAGCCAUCUGGGAUGGUUAAUGGAGGGGUGAGGAUGAGGAACGGGGUACGCCAGGUGGCGGUGAGGCCUCAGUCUGUAUUUGUCACCACUACGCAGCCAGCCAAGGACACGCACUACACAACAGGGUCCUUGAGAAGGAACGAGUCGCUGGGCAGGAGCGAUCACUAUGGUUCUGGUUCUGCCACUCUUGGAGUUCGCCGAAAUGCCUCAUUCAGCACCGUGCGGCCACACGUAGUUGUUGAAAGCCAAACGAGGCCUGCCGAACGCUCCAGUCUGUCUUCGGGGAGCGCGUUCAGCACAAGCAAUGUCCAAGACGCCCUGAGCAGAGUUAACCAACGCAACGGUAUCCCCGUGUCCACGGUCAGACCCAAGCCCUUGGAGAAGAGCCAGCUGAUCCACAACAACCUUGGCAGGGAUGUGUAUGUGUCCAUUGCCGAUUACCGUGGCGACGAGGAGACCAUGGGGUUCACAGAGGGAACCUGUCUGGAGGUGUUGGAGAGAAACCCCAAUGGGUGGUGGUACUGCCAGGUGCAGGACAGCCUGGUUCCCCGCAAAGGCUGGGUCCCCUCUAACUACCUUGAGCGGAAAAAAUAAAGGCAAGCCUACAUCCGUAGCCACGCCCACCCCCAGCCCCCAUUCCCCGCUCUAGGCCCAUGGGCGGCGGCAUCACUCCUUGAGAAUGUUACCCGCAAUCUCCCUUAAGCAAUAUGUCCUUGAAAAUUGACAUACGGUCAGACUGUGUAAGGAGAAAGAUGUUUUAAUCUGAUAAAAAAGGACACUUUUAGUGCUGGUUUACUAAAAUUUAUACGAAAGGAGUGGGAAGAUUUUCAAUAUUUUACCUGGAAGCAGAGACAGAAACAUGGAAUUGGCCACACUGGUUGAGGAAGUUCAAGGUGGAUGCUGUGUCUGACACGUAAACUGGUCUAACUGGGAGCGAUGACCUCUUAAAGAGGUUUGUGUCAUGUAACACAGAAGCGGAGAAGAGUAGUGGCUACGCUCAUCCUGCCCAUCACUGACUACGAUGGCCAAUAAGUGCCUUUUGUAUUUGGUCACCUGAACGAAGGUUCUAAAUGGUGGAUGGCAAACCAGUAAAUCAACCAAAUCUUUACAGAGUGCCAUAGUCCUAUGAACACCACCGAGAGCGUUUCUAUACAAAGUUACGAGUUCGAAGCGCAAAGUUUGGAUUUAGACGUCUUCAGUUCGAUAAAGAAAGAAAAGCACGAGUGAAGGGACUCAAGUUCCCAGAAGAUUUAUUUGUUUUAAGCCACAAAGUCAUCAAACAAAGACGAUAGUUGAAUCUCAUCAUCACAACUUCUCUUUAGUUUGUUUCUGUUAACGUGUCUCGUGCUGAUGCAAGUCUUCCUUAGAGAAUUAUUUCUGCUUUCUUGUGACAUCUGUUUUCCACCGACAGCCUUGAAUUGGACGAGCCAAAGCUCGACUCUGGCAGAAUAGACGGCUGACGCUCGGUUUCUGUAAACUGUUUCUAUCAAAGAUACCACAGAAAUAUCUUAGGGUCAUUUUUCCUGGAUGUAGUCAUCUGGGAGAACAAAUUUAUUUAAAAAAACCAACAAACCUGUGAAACUUGAAAAAUACAGAACAAGCAACGGAACAAUGAGACCUCAUACAAGCGUAAGGAUAACCUCAUUGCACAGCUUUUAGCUCCAGGAACUAAUGAUUUUGUGUAUAUUGUGUUGUCAUAAUGCAGCUAUCGAGGUGAUGAAUUGCAAGCAUACUGGAAACGUAGUGAAAUAACUUUAAUCCAGGGAUUUAUUUGAAUAGAUUAGAGGCCAAAAUGUGAUCGAACCAAAGAGAGAUAUCACUUCAUUGGCAGUUUUGGGGAUUUUACUGUUUACUUACGGUACAAAUGGUAACACACUUUCACCAAACUGCCUAAAACGAGGUUUCUAUCAGUAUCUGGAAGCACUUGAAGGAAGUGAACAGUUAAUUGUAAUAUCAGAUAUUGCUGUGCAGUAUUGGGAUUUAAACAGAGACUAGAGUAGCUAUUUUAUUGUUAUUAGCGACUGUUUGAAAUGUGACGGUAGAAAUAAUUCUUCCAAAAGGAGUCAAAGUUCAAAAUUCUGAUGGCUGAUGUUCAAGACUGCUGAAAUACAUUUUCUAACGAACACAAACUUCUCAUUAUGUUCCUGCUGGACAGUAUCAUAGUACUAAACAAAGUGCAGUACCUGCUAGAUCGCAGUUAUCUAUUUUAACAAAACCAUAUUUGUGUUUUUGUGGUCUCUCUGUGAUCGCACACCGACAAUAACGAGGAACGAAGUGGUUCUGUUUUGUGAGUUAGUGCACUUUAAAAACUGCUUUUAUGGUGCAUUAAUGUAAAGAUGCAGUAAAAACUCAGCAUGUUAUUUAUUGAAUGUUUUUUUGUAAUUAUUUCAUAUUUUCCAAACAGGAGGAUGAGUUCUGCUCUCAGUGGCAGGAGAUUUGGUCAAAUUGGAGACCUCUUGUGGUAAUUGAAAGGUACUACAACGUGACUUUGAGGCUUUCCUGCAGUCCUACCUCAGUGCAAUAAGAAAUGCGCUGCUGGUCAGUGAGUCUCCACAAAAACUGUUUUGUUUUUAAUCUUAGUGCAGCUAAAACUGUUUUAUUGCACAUUUUGUUUCGCAUUGGGCAAGAAUUUAGUUUCUGAAAAGUGAUUUUUUUUUUUUUCUCGAUGCUGUUUGCUGCAGCUUUAGCAAAUCAUGGGCACUUCCUUCAUCUUUAUUGUGCUUUACAUAAUGCCUGAUAAAAGCAUAUUUAUAAUGAAUAGUAUUAUUAUUUCCACAGUUCCCCUCAUUCAAACAGAAACCAUCAGCGUGUCCUGUGAUGGUAAUAAAAUCACUGAUGUAUGGACCUAUAAAUAAAACCAGUAACCGUCUGGGUGCUGACAGGCCCCAUCCUUUGAGACGAAGGCAUUAUGUAAAUGUGUCGAAUCACUCUGAACAUUUCGCUCCAGCACAUUCAUUAUUAUUAUUAUUAUUAUUAUUAUUAUUGCAUAUCGCUUUGUUUGAUUGAGCUGAACUUACUUGUAAGGGAAUCGUUCUGUGUCGAGCCUGCGUUUAGCUGUGUAGCAUCUUUAUUCAUGCUUUUACUUCGUUUUUCUUAUUUCCUCUUUUUUUCUUUCGUUCUGAACCCACGAGGAAAUGUGCAAUAGAUUAAAAAAAAGAAGAAGAAAAAAGACAAAAACGCUUCAGCGAAAGGAGGAAGGUCAUAGUGGGCCGGGAGUAGAUGUUCCCGGUCAGGCUGCCGGUCACGAGGCUUUUGCCGUCUUUUCCAGUGUGUCAUGUUUAAGUCUGUUUUCAGAGAGCAGGUGUGCGAGGUCCUGACGUCAGAGCACUCGUCGGACCAAAGCAGCGACGUGAUGAACUAACACGAGGAUGUCUGCUCCCGCGACCUCCGUCAGCUGACCCAUUCUGUAGUGACAUUACAGCCAUCUGGGAUCUUCGUCACAGACGUAGAGUCGCUGGCCCACCAUCAUCGUCAUCGUCGGGGGCCCUCAGCUGUCACGUUUGUGCCUGAAUGGAAUUCUUUGAUUGUUUCUGUGUUGUUGUUUUCUUCCUCCUCUCCCUCUGGACUGUGUCCUCUGCCCACCUGCUUGGAUGCCUCUUUUGACAUUUACCCCCACGGCUGUCAGACCAAGUCGGGCCUUUUCGUCAGCGAUCACCGCGGCGAUGUUGACCUUUGGGACCGCCGGCUGGCAAAGUGACGUCGACGCCAGCGUCUCGGCGGUAAACAAAACACCGGGGAGACGAACGCUCCUUCAGGCCGUUUCAGUUCAAUCCAUCAACUUCCAGGAUAAACACCAAAAAGAGAAAAUCCUGUUUUUCCCCCCACGCUGUCUUUGCAGAGAGAUCGUGCUGUUCGCAGAGGCCGACGCGCAGAGCCCGGUCCUUUUUGGGGGUCGGCUGACUUUGUGUUUAACUCCACGUUUAAAUUCGCAGAUUUCUGAAACUCGUUUUCAGUCAAAGCUGGAAGCCAGUUCUGAAACCUUCUUACUGUCACUGCUGACCGCCGAACAGACACGCCCGUCUGUGAGCCGUCUGUUUUCAGCCCGUUGCCUCCGCUCACGUUGGGUUUCUGACUUUUAGACGAAGAAACACAAAAACUGAAAGAGCUCAAAGCUGACAGCUCCGAAACUCCCAGAUCAGCAUUUGUUUGCUGAAGAUGAAAUUUCUCAGCAGGUCACUGGACAAGAAAUAGUCCCUUUAAAUCCCUCAUCAGGGCUAAAUCGCCAAAAAUGUUUAUCACGAUAUAUAUUGAAAAUUUGCAAUAACGAUAACUGGCGAUAUAAUUGACGCGAGACAAAAUACUUCACAACUCCACAACUUUGAUGGUUUUUUGCACUAAUAAUGUGUUU